UUUAAAAUGAAGUGAAAUACGAGCAGGGAAACAAAACCGCGAUUUCGGAAGUGAUUUUCGAGUGUUGCGUGUGCACGGCGCAGUUUUUGCCGCCUUUUUGUUUUUCAUCCAAGGAGACAUCCGCUUCAUCUUCAAGAUGAACGUGGUAUUCGUUGCCUUGUUGGUCAUGAUUUCUUUCGUCGUCUGCACAGAAUCUGCCGAUGCUCCGGUCAAACCCGUGAGACGACAGGUGCGAAUCCGUCCGACGACGCGUAACCGGGAGCGACACGAGGCCGUGCCAGGCACCAUGGUCGACAGUGACGUGGACCUGGCCCCGGGAGCCGCGUCGUCAGUGCUGCGCCAUGCGGCGGCGCCUGGCAACCGCCUGGACGACGAGCAGGCUGCUGCUGCGGCGGCGGCGCGGCGGCGACGUCUGCCAGCAGCUGACGUGCUGUCGCGACGGCGGUCUCGUCUGCCCGUCACGCGUCGCGGCGUCGGCACCAAAGCCGCUCCCGUCACCACUGUCGCUGUUGAUGACCCAGACAAAAAGUACAAGAUCGUCUGCUACUACACGAACUGGUCGCAGUAUCGGCCCACAAUCGGCAAAUACGUGCCAGAAGACAUCGAUCCGUUUUUGUGCACCCACGUCAUUUUCGCCUUCGGCUGGCUCAAGAAGGGCAAAUUAGCUUCCUUCGAAGGCAACGAUGAGACGAAAGAUGGCAAAGUCGGCCUCUACGAAAGAAUCGCCAAGCUCAAGGAAGCUAAUCCUGAGCUCAAGACACUUCUUGCCAUCGGCGGGUGGUCGUUCGGAACGCAGAAAUUCAAGGACAUGUCCAAGACUCGGUACGCCAGGCAGAUCUUCAUCUUCAGUGCGCUGGCGUAUCUCCGCGAGCACAAAUUCGACGGGCUCGACAUCGACUGGGAAUAUCCCAAGGGCAAAGACGACAAGAAGAACUACGUUUCCCUCCUGAAAGAAGUCAGGAAGAGCCUUGAGACAGCGUCACGGCCGCGCGUUUCGAUGUCGAUCGUGUCGAGACCCCUUCUGAAGCGUGACAUCCGAUCCCUUCCGACGCGUGACACUUUGCUGGACACAUGCGUGAUUCGUGGCUCUCUCGACUUCUGCUGGUGGCCCCUCUGCUGA